GUGCCCCCGGGAGUAUCUUUAUUCUGAACGAAACCGUCUAUUACACCAGAUGACUUUUUUUCCUUUUCAGAUUGGAAUUACAGAGUUCAUUGCGUCUCUAUCCAAUAAAGAUAUUUAAAAAAAUUUUUUAAGUACUGUUGGUAGAACCCUAGCCUAGAAGGAGUAUAUAAGUGAACUGGAAAAGAGGAAAAUAGACAAGCACAAACGGAGGAAGGAAAGAGAACACUCCUGUGGGCUAGAUCUGCACCACACCAUGCUGCCCGAGAUAGAAGUCAAUACAACCUGAGGAUCCCCUGUAAGAAAACCCUGCCUGUGUGUCUCUGAACCUGUGCCAGCAGUGUCAGCUGUGAUUCUUUGGCUCUUGAGGAAUGGACAGUCUUCCGUGGUGUUAAAUAUAGUUGCUAUCAACUUAGAAGAUGGCUUCUCUUCAAAGCAAAGGGCUGCAGGCAAGGAUUCUCAGCUCAGAGGAAGCAGAGAAAUUGAAAAGAGACCAAAUAUUAGUGUCUGAUUUUAAACAGCAAAAACUAGAAAAAGAGGCUCAAAAGAAUUGGGACCUUUUUUACAAAAGAAAUAGUACUAAUUUUUUCAAGGAUAGACAUUGGACCACCCGAGAGUUUGAGGAACUCAGAUCAUGUAGGGAGUUUGAAGAUCAGAAGUUGACUAUCCUAGAAGCUGGCUGUGGUGUUGGGAACUGUCUGUUCCCACUUUUAGAAGAAGAUCUGAAUAUCUUUGCCUAUGCUUGUGAUUUUUCCCCAAGAGCAGUUGAACACGUCAAGCAAAAUCCUUUAUAUAACCCAGAGAGGUGCAAGGUAUUCCAGUGUGACCUGACUACAAACGACCUUCUCGAACAUGUGCCCCCAGAGUCGGUGGAUGCUGUCAUGUUGAUAUUUGUCCUCUCCGCUGUUCACCCUGAUAAGAUGCGCCUUGUCUUACGAAACAUUCACAAGGUGUUAAAACCAGGCAGAAGUGUCCUGUUUCGCGACUAUGGGCUCCACGACCACGCCAUGCUCAGAUUUAAGGCUGGCAGCAAACUUGGAGAGAACUUCUACGUUAGACAAGAUGGAACCAGGUCGUAUUUUUUUACGGACGAGUUCCUCGCUCAGCUCUUUGCGGACACGGGCUAUGAAGAAGUGGUGAAUGAGUAUGUUUUCCGUGAGACGGUAAAUAAAAAAGAAGGCCUGUGUGUGCCGAGAGUUUUCCUGCAGAGCAAGUUCCGAAAGUCCCCAAAGAACCCCGCCCCCGGGGCCGCGGGCCUUUGUCACCAUGCUGAACUUCCGUGAGGUUGACGUUUGUGUCUACCCUUGAAGAGGAGAGGUUAAAGUCAAUUUUCAUUUUGUAUGAUUUUAUGUCUCAAUUUGUUAUUAAACAUAUAUAAUUUUGUAUUAUAGAAUUGGCAGAUGUGUGCGUUUGUCUUUAAAAAAUGCAAAUAAAGUUAUAAGGCUUGCAAAGUAAA